GCCGGAGAAUAAAAUCUAACCUUCAAAAAACAGCUGAUAGCAUGUGCCCACAGUGUUACCCUACAUUUACCUAUUAUUAAUUCAAAACAAUAGCAAUUAAAGUCAGUUUUAAUCUCUAAAAAUGUUGAGAACUAGAGGAAAAUUGUGCCACCACGUGCACUUCAUCUCAAGCAAUAUGAAAAUGGAGCAGAAGAUUCUCCAGUGCUCCAUUUCAUCUUUCCACUCAGACCUUCAGAGAAGAAAUUCGAAGAAAUUUUCCUCUCAGAGUUUGCAGUACAAUAAAUCAUGGAGUCAGUGUAAAUUCUUCGGGGGAAUGAGUUCCUCUGGAUUACUGAGGAAUGAAAGGAUCAAUUUUGCCUGUCAAUCUGUCAGACACUGGUCGGAUUUCCCCACUUCCCUGGUGCCUCCCAUCCCUCGAUACGAAGGAAUGACAAAAAUACUAGUGGACAGUCCUCCCAUAGAAUUCAUUCAGAAUCAUCUUAUCAUCCUGCACUCCACCCUGGGGCUGCCUUGGUGGGCUACCAUCGUUCUUCUCACGUGCACAGCCAAGACUCUGAUCACUCUACCUAGUGCAUUGUACCAGCAACACAUUCUGGCAAAAUCCGCGAAUUUAAAGUGGGAAAUGGACGAGAUUGUGGACGACCUGAAGAGAGACGCCAACUACAGAGUUCAGGUGUUGGGGUACACUGAGGACGAGGCGAGAGCUUUGUACAAUAAAGCAUUCAGAGACAAGUGGCAUGAGUUGAUAGUCAGGGACAACUGCCACCCGAUGAAGGGGUUCGUACUACUCAUGACCCAGCUGCCACUCUGGAUAUGCCUGUCUGCUGCUGUCAGGAAUCUUUGUUACGUGUUGCCCUAUCCAACUCCACUGGCCCAGAGAACCUUCAUGGAAUUAUCUCACGAGGGAAUCGCCUGGUUCUCGAAUUUAGCUGCAGCAGAUCCCUAUUAUAUUCUCCCAAUAACAAUGGGACUGUGUAAUUUAAUUAAUAUUGAGUUCAACUACAUGAUGAGAGUGAAAGAACCCACGGUAAUCCAGAGGGUAUCGUUGUACGUGUUCCGAGGAAUUUCGUUGGUGCUCGUUCCCAUCGCCUCGAUCGUCCCCUCGGGAAUGAGUCUCUACUGGGCGACGAGCAGUGCCUUCGGUCUUUUCCAGAACAUGUUUAUCGUUGCGCCGAGGGUGCGAAGAUUCUUCAGAAUCGAAGAGACUGAAAACGAAUUACAACACCCGUACAAACACGUACUCAACAAUUUUAAAGCACGAAUCCCUGGAAAAAUUGUUAAAAUCCCAGAGAUUCCGGGGAAGUCAUCCGCAUCAGUCAAAAAGAAAUAAAGAUCAAUUGGAGAAGUGGUGGGAGGCGAUGAGUCGAAAAUAAAUUGUUACCUCUAUUCUCUUAGAAUUGGCGAAUUUGAGGAUAAAUGACUGAUGAAAUAAAUAAUUAAUGAAAAAAAUUACGAGAAAAAUUCUCAACAGAAUUGAGUGCAUAGGAAUGCCAAGGUCUAUUGAUUUCCUUCUGCUGAUAAUUUUCUAUCCAAAAAAUUUUUUAUUUAUGGAAAUUCCCGGCUUAUCGUUGAAACCGAAUUCCCAAUGACUCAUGACUUCAGUCAUGAACACAGCGAAUGUAAAAUUUGCCCGAAAACCGUGAGAUAUAAAUUAGAAUUAUCAUGUGUAAAUAAAGAAGAAGAAUGCUGACAAUAAAUUAUUCGUUAUUCGAGCGAAAUAAAAAAUAGCUGUGGCUCUCGGUGGCCUAUUUAACUUAUCGAAUGGCCCAUCAAUCAUUAUUAUGAAAAAAAAACUGAUUGAAUCACUUCAUUGAUUGAUUCAAAUUGUGAAUUUACUAAUUUAUGAAUUAAC